AGUUUAGCGGCGAAUAACCGUCAAAAGAAGCGACUCCUCGUCCGUCUCCCAGCAAUCUUUUACUUUCUUUUUACUCCUUACAAAAAUUAAUUAAUUCCCAAUCGCCCUCGAAUCUCUCUCGCUCUCUCUCAGUUUGCUCGCGAGAAACGAGCAUCGAUUUCCCCCGGGAGUUCGAAACCCUCGACAAUGGCCGAUGGCAGCGGGGGCAUCGGCAAGGAGAACGGCGGCGGCGGCGGCGGAAGCUCGAGCUCAUCGCCCUCAGUGAUCAAUGACAGGAGUCUACCUAGGGCAAAUACUAUGCCUAGCGGAACAAAAAACUCAGAAAUAUCAGAGACAUCGACGGGUCAACAGAACUUUGAAAGAUCGAAAACUGAGAGGCGGAGACAAAAUCUACGAACUGACCCCACAGCUCAAUUAUUCGAUGAUAAGAUGUCUGACAAAAAGAAGCUCAAGAUGUUAAAUCGGAUAGCUACAGUAAAACAUGAUGGAACUGUGGUAGUCGAGGUUCCAAGCAAUAUCGAACCUUUGCCUCUUGAUAUUGCUCCUGUAGAUACUUAUGGAGAAGCUGCUGAUGAAGAACCUCUAGAAACUGACCUCCAGUAUAUACCUCCUUUACAGAUAGUUAUGCUUAUUGUCGGUACACGAGGUGAUGUCCAGCCUUUUGUUGCUAUAGGUAAACGUUUACAGGACUACGGGCACCGUGUCAGACUUGCAACUCAUGCAAACUUCAAAGAGUUCGUAUUGACAGCUGGACUGGAGUUUUACCCUUUAGGAGGAGACCCGAAAGUUCUUGCUGGAUACAUGGUCAAGAAUAAAGGUUUCUUACCUUCUGCGCCUUCAGAGAUACCUAUUCAAAGGAAACAGCUCAAGGAAAUUAUAUUUUCUUUGCUUCCAGCCUGCAAGGACCCCGAUAUGGAUUCAGGCAUUCCCUUCAAGGCAGAUGCCAUUAUUGCGAAUCCACCUGCAUAUGGACAUACACACGUGGCAGAGGCGUUAAAAGUACCAAUCCACAUAUUCUUUACAAUGCCAUGGACGCCAACCAGUGAAUUUCCGCAUCCUCUUUCUCGUGUUAAACAGAGUGCUGGCUAUCGGCUUUCAUAUCAAAUUGUUGAUUCUAUGAUUUGGCUUGGGAUACGGGAUAUGAUAAAUGAAUUUAGGAAAAAGAAGUUGAAACUGCGACCCGUCACUUACCUAAGUGGUGCACAGGGAUCCGCUUCUGACAUUCCUCACGGAUAUAUUUGGAGUCCUCAUUUAGUUCCCAAGCCUAAAGACUGGGGACCGAGGAUUGAUGUGGUUGGAUUUUGCUUCCUUGAUCUUGCAUCAAAUUACGAACCUCCAGAAGAGCUUGUAAAAUGGCUUGAAGCUGAUGAAGAAAAGCCCAUUUAUGUUGGAUUUGGUAGCCUUCCUGUUCAAGAACCAGAAAAGAUGACUCAAAUCAUUGUGGAGGCCUUAGAAACCACCAAACAGAGAGGCAUCAUUAACAAAGGCUGGGGUGGCCUUGGGAAUUUGGCAGAGCCAAAGAAAUCUAUAUAUCUAUUGGAUAACGUUCCCCAUGAUUGGUUAUUCUUACGGUGCAAGGCAGUGGUCCAUCAUGGUGGUGCAGGAACAACGGCUGCUGGCCUUAAAGCUGCGUGUCCAACUACAAUCGUACCUUUCUUUGGAGACCAGCCCUUUUGGGGUGAUAGAGUGCAUGCCAGAGGAGUGGGACCCGCUCCUAUACCCGUCGAUCAAUUCUCCCUGCCAAAGCUAGUUGACGCCAUAAAUUAUAUGUUGAAUCCCAAGGUGAAGGAACAGGCUGUAGAACUAGCAGAGGCCAUGAAAACGGAAGAUGGGGUGACCGGAGCUGUAAAAGCGUUUUUCAAGCAUCUUCCUAAAAGAUCAGAGACUCCGGAGCGUCCUGUAGAUUAUCAACCAUCACCCAUUGAGGAAAUUCUUGGUCCCGUAAGAAAAUGUUUUGGCUGUUCAUGAUCUUGAGUUUCAGUGUCAUCAGGUUGUUUGUCUUCUACAAACACUGGAGCAUGUUUUCAGCCGUUGUUGUUGUAUAAUAGUAUAUGUUCAGAGCUUCUUCUGAUAUGGAGGACGAAAUUUGAAAUAAUGGGUUGUUUUCGUCAUUAUAUUGUUGGUUAUAUGUAAUAGUUUUUUUUUCAAUUAGAAAAGUUUAAAUUGUGGGCAUGUCUGAAGGCUAGAAUGCCAAUUGCUUUUA